UCGUGUUAGACAGCACAUUUCUACAUGAUCGUUUAUGGAUGCGCUUCACUAGAAUAUAAUGAUGAUGUGUAUUACGAUUUGGGUUGAUAAAUAGGCAUUUAAUUGUUAUUAACGCCAGAACAUAAUGUAAUGUUCUCACAAUGUAUACACUUCAAACGACAACUUUGUUUUUAUUCGGAUUUUUGAUUGAUUCAUGCAAAGGCGCAGAGUGUGGCGGGGUCCUGACAGAUCCAUUAGGUGUCAUUACGAGCCCCAACUUACGGUCGAAUUACAGUAACGAGGUUCAUUGUACCUGGGUCAUCAACGCACCAGAGGGCUACCAGAUCAAUGUUAACUUUACAGACUUUGCACUUGAGGUACAGUCUGUACACUCCACUUGCCUUAAUGACUACCUGGAGCUCUUCCACGGACCAAACGACUCCUAUCCAUCUGUCGGGAAAUUCUGCGGAACAACGCCACCAAUGGGAUUUAAGUCGCGGUCGAACUCUGUCAGUAUUGUCUUCUCUUCAGGCUCCGGCGUUAGCGAAAGGGGGUUCAAUCUGACGUACACAUUUUCCGUACAAGGUAUCAUGUAUAUGGGCUGCUAUCAGGAUAGCGACAACCAAGUCCUUACAGAUUAUGAUUACUUUUCUGAUUCGAAUUCACCAACCGAGUGUUCAAAAAACUGCAGCCACUACAAGUUUUCCGGAGUGAAGGCACAGACUCAUUGCCGCUGUGGAAAUAGCCUUAAUUAUGCAACUCAAGCGCGUGAGUCAGAGUGUUAUGCCAGUUGUCCAGGCGACAGAAGUCAGAUAUGUGGCGCUCGUUGGAGGAUUAACCUCUACAGACAUUGGGGCUGCCCACUCGGAAGUUACAGUGUUAACUGUUCCAAGCAAUGCCAUUGCCGUGUGAGUUCAUGCGACGAUGUUACGGGUGCAUGUGGAAAUGGUGGCUGUAAAGACGGAUGGAAAGGAAUAGCGUGUAAUGAAAGCUGCCCAAUCGGCAGUUACAGCGUUAACUGUUCCAAGCAAUGCCAUUGUCAUGAGGGUCCAUGCGACGGUGUUACGGGUACAUGUGUAAAUGGUGGCUGUAAAGACGGAUGGAAAGGAAUAGCGUGUAAUGAAAGUAUGAUUUAUAUGGGCUGUUAUCAAGAUAGCGGAGGAAACCGAGUCUUGGCAGAUUAUGAUUACUUUUCUGAUUCGAAUUCACCAACCGAGUGUUCAAACAACUGCAGCAACUACAAGUUUUUCGGAGUGGAGGCGUGGAAUCAUUGCCUCUGUGGUAAUACGAUUAAUUCUGCAACCCAAGCAAUAGAGUCAGAGUGUAAACUAUUUUGUCCGGGCAAAGUUUUCAAGAUAUGUGGCGCUGAUUGGAGGAUUAGCCUCUACAGACAUUGGGGCUGCCCACUCGGAAGUUACAGUGUUAACUGUUCCAAGCAAUGCAAUUGUCGUGUGAGUUCAUGCGACGAUGUUACGGGUGCAUGUGGAAAUGGUGGCUGUAAAGACGGAUGGAAAGGAAAAGCGUGUAAUGAAAGCUGUCCACUCGGAAGUUACAGCGUUAACUGUUCUAUGGAAUGCCAUUGUCGUGAGGGUCCAUGCGACGGUGUUACGGGAACAUGUGUAAAUGGUAGCUGUAAAGACGGGUGGAUAGGAAUAGCGUGUAAUGAAAAGUGUGGCGGGGCCCUGACGGAUCAAUUUGGCGUCAUCACGAGCCCCAACUUCCCGUCAAAUUACAACAGCAAAGUGCACUGUACCUGGGUCAUAAACGCACCAGAGGGCUACUGGAUCAAUGUGAAAUUUAUUGAGUUCGCACUGCAGAGCCACUCCAACUGCGAUUAUGACUACCUGGAGCUCUUCAACGGACCUGACGCCUCCUAUCCGUCUAUCGGGAAGUUCUGCGGGACAAUGCCACUUAUGCGAUUUACGUCGCAGUCGAACUCUGCACGUAUUGUCUUCUCCGCAAACUCCGGAGUUAGUGCAAGGGGUUUCAGAUUGACGUACACAUUCACCGUGCACGACAUCAUUUAUAUGGGCUGUUAUCAAGAUAGCGGCAACCGAAUCCUUGCAGAUUAUGAUCACUUAUCUGAUUCGAACUCACCAACCGAAUGUUCAAAACACUGCAGCCACUACAAAUAUUUCGGAGUUGAGUGGUGGAGACAUUGCCUCUGUGGCAAUAGGCUUAAUUCUGCCACCCAAGCGCAUGAGAAGGAGUGUCAUGGUAUUUGUCCGGGCGACAGAAGCCAGAUAUGUGGCGCCCACUGGAGAAUUAACGUCUACAGACAUUGGGACUGCCCACUCGGAAGUUACAGUGCAAACUGUUCCAAGCAAUGCCAUUGCCUAGAGGGCCCAUGCGACGUUGUUACGGGUGCAUGUGGAAAUGGUGGCUGCAAAGAUGGUUGGAGAGGAAUAGCGUGUAAUGAAAACUGCCCACUCGGAAGUUACAGUGCAAACUGUUCCAAGCACUGCCAUUGCCUAGAGGACCCAUGCGACGUUGUUUCGGGUGCAUGUGAAAAUGGUGGCUGCAAAGAUGGUUGGAGAGGAAUAGCGUGUAAUGAAACAGAUGAUCCAAAAACAAUUAUGUGGACUUUAAUUCCAAUCUUCCUGACGAUACUGAUUGGCAGCGCAAUUGCCUUGACUAUUCUUGGCUUGCGCCAAGUAAGAAGGAGAAGGGCUCUGAAUGCCGAUCAAAUGAAUCAACUUCAAUCAUCGAAUAGUCCCCAAGAGAGGAGGGCUCUGAAUGCCGUUCAACUGAAUCAACUUCAACCAUCGAAUAAUCCCCAAGGUGAAGGGAAGAGUUCCCAGAAUGCCAUUCAAUCGAAUCAACUUCAGUCAUCGAAUAGUCCCCAAGUUGAUACAGUGCGAAAGUACGACAUGCAAGUGGAGACACAUAACGCAGAGGCAAAAGAGGAGAAAAAUAACGACAACAAGGUGAUCAAUUCCUCAGACUUCGUAAUUUAGGAUAAUUACAGUCAAGGAGAGAAAACAACGAAUACGUAAACGAAGAGUUCUAUUUUGUAGCCAAAUAGAGUAAACCUAUUAUUAUGUCGAAAAAGGCAUUUUAUAUAGCUUGAGUUCUGUGAUUUCAAAUUGUUAAACACCUUAACGCAAAUUUACAUGUUAGUUUUGCAAAUGUAAAUACUUACACCCAUCAUUAGGCAUGCUUUAAAAAAAAUAAACGUCCGAGAAUUAAACUGCUUGAUUAGAGCAUUUCCUGGAUAAAGCUGUAAUGCUGAAAAGAAGGACGUAAUUAUAUUUUAUGCCGUCUAUUUGUGUUUAUAGUAUUCGUUCGUUUGUAUUCUUAUGGGAGGGUGACAAAUUAUCAAGUUUGUUGUCUAAAAUAUAAAGAUCGGUUAUUUUGAGGAAUCUGUACGAUUAAAAAAUCUGGUGAUAAUGCCAAACAUGUUAAUUUGCUCGGCACGAAUACAUUCGCCUUUAGUCAAUUCUAAUUUGUCAAUACAUUUUCUAUCAUGAGUUUAUGAACAUUUGUAUAUGCAAUUAGCGAGCUUCUUCGAGAAUUUUAACAAAAUUCUAGGGUUUGUUUAAUUAAACAUAGUAAGAUACGACGAGUGGUAGCUGUUAAAGCUGCUUAAGAGUUUUACGUUAUUUGCGGAUUUCGUUUAUCAUUUCGCAAAAAAAUGCAUCAUGAUCUGUGUCAUUCUUACAAUAAUAAUCUUACGAAAGCACUAACUGUUAUAUUAUAUAUAUUAUAGAAGAAAACAAAUCACAACAAUUUUGUGAUGUUCGUUUUGCACCAGAAAUAAACAAAAGUUUGUUUUUAAAAUUAUUAUUGUUAUAAACACAGAAAUUUCAAAAUGCGAUGUUAUUGUUUCUUUAUAUUUCUUUAUCUUAACUAUUUAACCAUGUUUAUUUGUGAGGCGAAAAUAUAAUGUAUGACUGUAAAGUUAUGUUAUACAAUGUUAAAAUCUACAUUACAUUUCGUUUCAAGUGUAUUUCUGAAGAAAGAAUGUUAGUUUUUGACCGUAAUUUUACUUGUGAUGUGAAAUAUGUACUGUUAUGUUAUGUCAGUUCGAAUAAUCUAGCCCCUAAAGUGUAUUAUAUGGUUUCCUAUUUGAAUGUUGCAGUUAUUAAACUGUUUUAUAUUAUAUAGCUGUUUUCCUAUUUAAACCGGUUUAUACCCCCUUGGCUUUGCAUUGACAGUUCCAAGGCGUUGACCCAAGCUUUAUUCUUCUAUGUGUGUAUGUUGUUUCGUAUUGUGCUGUUUCGUUCUGUUUUGGCAUUUGGUCAAUUGUUUAAAAUAAAGGACCAACACAUUAAAUUGUAUAUAAAAAGAAUGCAAUACUGCUACAUCAGCUUGAGUUUCACUUCUUUAUAUUGAAUAUGUUAGCCAUUAAAGUGUAUGAUAAUGUAUAGUUUUUCUCCUAUUUGAAUAGUGCAACCAUGAUAUUGUAUUAUAUUGUAAAGCUUUAUGUCUAAUUGGAUGAAUCGACUUUGAAAUAUUUGCAAUGUAUUGUGUUACUCAUUAUUAUUAUUGUUAACUUACGUUAUGCGGUUGUUUGUAACACUCCAAGAGGCCUGUUUUAGAUAGACGAAUAGUUUGCGUAUUUUUAACAAUGAUUCCAAACAUUUUAUUACAGUUUAUAUAACAAAACACAGUAGCUUCUCAAUAUACACAGUGCAAUAGUUUCGCAAUUUCCAUGCCUCAAAAGGAAUGAUUAUUUUAUCCAUGAGCCUUUAAGGAUCGUUGGCUUUUCACUAUGUUUGUUGUAUUAAAGUUUUGCAUUUCUUGUGUUAUUUUGCAUUUCUUACAGAAUUCGUAUAUUUUGGUUGAACAAAAUUUUAGUUCUUUUAAAAUGUAUGUUAUGUUCUAGUAAGCAGUGUAUCCGUCGUUUGCUGGCAGCUUUUCUUCUGCCAUAAAAACAAGUAAGUGUUUGAGCAAAUGAUAGAUGUUUUAUUUAUUUGUUGAUGAACAUUAAUUUAAAAUGAAAUGGUAGCAAUCUUACAAAGCAACCAUGUCUCGAAAACUUUGUUCCCAUCAUUCUCCUGAUUACGAUUUGUUUUUAAAUAACACCCUGAUUUCAGUCUUAAGCUUAUUUUCGUGAGUUUUGUGGUGUAUCAUAAUGAAUGAUGUUGUUUUUUGUCAAACACAUUUUCAAAUUCGUAAUAACCAUACUAUAAUAGCAUGAAGCAUGAUAGUUUCGCUUCGAAAAAUAAAUGAAUGUGUUAUUACGCAUGAAUGUUUUUAGAAAUAUAUUGAAAUAGACAUAAGUGAACAUAAUUAUAGAGCGAACCAUGCAUGUGUAAAGAUUUUUUUUAAACGCGAUUAGAAUACAUAUUAGUUAUUUUUGCAGGAAUAUAGUUUCAAUAACGUAUAUUAAUAUUAAUAUUUUAGUCGAAUAUAUGACAAAUGUAGUUGUUUAUGAUUUAUUCGUUUUGCAAACAAUCCUAAAUGAUCUUUUCUGCAUUUUUGUGUUUGUUUUUAUAUCAGUAUUUUGUCUUAAAAUUUGCAAAAUUCUGUAUAUUUAAAAAUUAAAGUCAUCUUUAUUUUUCAGUAUCGUCUUUUAACAUGUUUGACCCCAUAUAAUUCAAUAUUCCUUUUCCAUAAUUGAUAUGAAGCUAUAGUAAAUACGUUUUUGGCUAUUUGAAUGAUUAUCGCAUUUUUGGAUAACGUGUGUAAUGUACAUUACUGUAAAACGAUGCACAUCUUUGUAAACCUACAUCAUGAUAUAAGAGAGAGCUAUGCUUUGUAUGCUGUAUUGUAUGUAUGAAAAUAAAAUCAUUUGCCUUUAAAACAA